AUGUCCUUCCGUCCACCCUUGCUCAGUGCCCCGAGUUGCCAGAAACGGUGGACCAUGGGUCACCUCUGGGUCACCCCUGGCCAGACUCCAGCAAAAUUAUCGCCAACGACGAGGGAAUGGUUGGCACACACCUUGGCUGCUACCAAUGGAAAGAGCAGAAAACGACCCUAUGGACUGGAUGAACAACUGCCCAAAGGUUUUAGGUUUCGGAAUUUUAUCCCAGCGCCAAAAAGCUUCGAAAAGCCUGAUUGCGGAUUGACUUUCCAAAAGGUUUGGUCCGCCAGGUACAAACCACCUAAAUAA